UAAUUCAAAAGUAUUUUAUUGCUUCUGUUUUUCACUAACCUCUUUUACUGAUAAAUAUUUUGAUUUCUCAGAAGAGACAUACAUGGCAUAGUAGUAAAUUCAAUUGAAUAAGAGAUGUGGCGCAAUCAGCUGUUCCUUCCUUCAAGGAUACUUGAACGCUUGAAUCAGGUGCAUAUAACUUUGUCUCACGAAACCAAGAGAAACAUUUUAAAUGAUUUUGGGGAAUACUCAACAGAGAAAAUCAUCCAAGGCAUUGCUGAAGGAAAAGACGGAAAGCUGAAUGGUGACAAUUUAGAUCUCUACGUUACCACUAACGAUAUCCGGAUGGACAAUAGGAACCAAGAUUACCACUUCUUUGCAACUGAUUUAACUUUUGAUAGGGUUAAUGUUCAAGAUCUUGAUGACUCAAAACCAGUUGGUGAUGCAGAAAACAUUACAUACAAAAACUUUGUACCAUCACCAAAUGAAAUCUCCAAGUAUAAGGAGUCAUUGAAAGUUCUUUUGGGAAGGAUCUUGUGCGAGUACUUUGACCAUUUCAGUUGGAUGAAAACAAUUAUACCUGCACAUAUUCCCCACGAUCAAAAGAAUGCCAUGUCCAAAAAAUCUGAAGUCUUUAUCUUACCUGUCUUGCUUAAGAAUGAAACAUCACUAUCUGAUUGUAUUCAUAUCUUGAAAUCCUAUGAACAACAGCUGACAUCAUGGUAUACAAAAGCUGGAAGAGCAUCAGAACUUGAUGAUAUAAAGGUUCCAGUUGGUGGAGAUCAAUUAACGAGAGUCCGCCUACAGUCAGCCAAGGCGUUGCAAGAUGGGGCCUUGACAGCAACAGACAGACUAGAACACCUAGAUCCUAUGAUUGUGGAAAUGUUUCAUACAUUAAUGGAUCUAUUAGAGAAAUUGUACAAGCAUUUUUUUAAUACUGCAAGUGGUAGAGAGAAAGGAACACUCUACCACAUCAAGGUGCUUAUUGAAAGAUCGAACGUCAAUGGAAAAGUAAAGUCUCGUUUUGAAGCUCAUGAGGACUUCAUAUUAACAGUUGGCUCUGCGUACUUCUUGUCAUAUACACUCCACUUUUUUGGAAUGAAAACCUUGACAGACGAGCCACAGCACCCAUUAUUAUCAAAGAAAAACAUGAAAAUGCUGCAUAAUCCAAAAAAGGAGGAAAUUUUUUCUCAGCUACUUGGAGAAAUAGUUGACGGGUUGAUGUUGGCAUUUCCCGAAAAACCACAAUUUCCAUUAACAGUGGAUAUAUUGGGAGCCUGUGUCAAUGUGAACAGCACAAUAAAUGAAAAAGGCUUAUUAAAUUUCGAACUAGAAAUUAACAAUAAGAAAUACCUAUUUCGACUAACACCAGAGCAAGUUAAAAGAGGAGAGACGAUAACUCUUUCGGUGUCAAAUAAUGAAAUUCCAAUAACAAUUUCACAAGCGGAACCCAAAGAUGAAGACACAGAUGGUUUACAAAAUUAUGUAAUGCAAUUUCUCCAGUGGUAUUUCAUAAUUUUAACAUUAAAAGAUGCCAUCAAAGAGGGAGAUUCUUGUAGAACAAACAUCACUCUGAAAUUCUGCAUACCAAUAUUUUUCAGUCAUUCAGUGUACUCCAAGUAUUUGGAAGAGUGUAUUGAUUAUAUUCUAAAAACAGAGAUAAUGCUGUCAGAAAAGAUGGCAAUGAAAGUUCGAUAUGGUUCAUUUGUAAAUAUUAGUGGACGUGGAGGUGAAAAUAAAGCAGCAGAUUUGCAGAAAGAGAACGAAGUUAUGGUAUUAAAGGAGUUAAUACGGGGGCUAGGCUCCAAUAAAACUGAAAAAGCCAUCGUUACAAUCACAAAAGCAGCACCAGUCAUACAAGAUGUUGUAUGUAAUUUUGAUAGAAUGCUUGGCCUUCGCGAUAAAAAGACACAUCACAAGAAACGUUCAUUUCAGGACGAUGUAAAAUGUAUUCUCAAAGAACUUCUUACUUUGAAAAUUUGGGAAAAAACAAAUGGAAGACAAUUGGAGAACUCUCCAAAAAUAGCAUUGUCUCCUUUUGCUGUGGAUACAAUCCAUUUCAAGGAUGUGGUAAUGAAAAAAGUACAAAGACUGAAAAGAGGAAUAGUUAUCCCUUCAACAGCAACUAGUGAUGAUGAAAGUGACACAGAAUGA